ACGGGUCGUGCGGGGAGAUGGGCGGGCGGUGCGUGUAGUGGGGGGAGGGCUUGUGACUGAGGAGAGCGAAGGGCUCCCUCACGCUCCUCUAUCCUGUCGCUCCCGGCGGAGCUUGAGCCGAUGCUCGCCCCAUAGGACUGAAGAAAUGAUGGAAGGAAAUAGUGGUCUCUGUGUCCUUGAAGAAGAAAAUACAGCCCCUUCUGUAGAAGUAGAAAGUAUGACUGAGGUGGAAAUUAAGCAAGACAAAGGAGAUAGUAGCCAUGCAGAGAAUACAGCCAAUUGCCCUGAUAUGUACAGAUAUAUCAAAGGAGAUUUGUUUACAUCAGAGAUUUAUAAAGUAGAAAUUCAGAACCUUCCAAAAUAUAUUGGCUUUAAUGAUGUAAAGAAAUUUCUUGCCAAAUAUGGACUUAACCCUCAUAAAAUAAAACUUUUUGGGAAACAAACUUUUGCAUUUGUGACAUUUAAAAGUGAGGAGGAAAGGGACAAAGCUAUGAAAGUCCUUCAUGGAGUCAUGUGGAAGAGCCGAUAUUUGAGUGUUAGGCUCGCAAAGCCUAAAGCUGAUCCCAUUGUAAAAAAGAGGAAGAAAGAAGUGGAGGACACUGAACAGAGAGAGGCAAAGCGUCCAGCUUUUGCAAAAGACAGUGAAGAGGAGUCUCUCAGUAAACAGAUAGCAGAUGUAGUGACCCCUUUGUGGAAUAUACCAUAUGAAGAACAGCUGAUAAAGAAGAAGCAAGAGUGUGAACAAGUGCUGCAGAAACUGACAAAGGAAAUAGGAAACAACAACAAAGCCCUGUUACCUUGGUUAUUUGUACAGAAGCAGAAGUAUAAUAAAAUCUGUUGCCCAGUAGAGGGAGUGAAAGCAUCACCAUUACAGACUGAAUACCGCAACAAAUGUGAAUUUUUGAUUGGAAUGAGUUUAAAUCAAGAAGACAAAACUGUGGGUUGUCGCCUUGGCAAAUACAAGGGUGGAAGCUGUGCUGUAGUGGAACCAUUUGAGACUAUUCACAUUCCUGCUGUUGCCAAAAAGGUAGUGAAGGCUUUUCAAGACUACAUAAGGACAACCCCUUACUCGGUGUACAGCCUAGAAACCUAUGAAGGUCACUGGAAACAGCUCACAGUCCGCACGAGCAAAAAUGGUCAUAUCAUGGCAAUUGUUUAUUUUAAUCCUCAGAAAUUAAGUAAGGAAGAGCUUGUUGACUUGAGAACCUCACUGGCAAAGUACUUUACAGAAGGAACUGGAAAGGACAGUGGGGUAACCUCUCUUUACUUUGUAGAGGAAGGGCAGAGAAAAUCACCCAAUCGUGAAGACUUGCCCUUACAACAUUUGGCUGGUGAUAAGUACAUAUAUGAAGAGCUUCUUGGUCUAAAGUUUAGAAUUUCCCCCCAUGCAUUUUUCCAAGUAAAUACACAGGCUGCAGAGGUUCUAUAUAAAGCCAUUAGAGACUGGGCCCAACUGAACCAAGAUAGCACUGUACUUGAUAUUUGCUGCGGAACAGGAACAAUUGGAAUUUCACUGGCAAAGAAAGUGAAGAAAGUUAUUGGAAUCGAACUCUGUCAAGAAGCUGUGGAGGACGCCAAAGUGAAUGCUCAAAUUAAUGAUCUGAAUAACAUUGAAUUUCACUGUGGAAAGGCUGAAGACAUUGUUCCUUCUUUAAUUAACUUAUUAGCGUCACACAACCUGAUUACAAUUGUAGAUCCACCUCGGGCAGGACUACAUUCUAAAGUCAUUCUUGCAAUCCGAAGAGCUGAACACUUGAAGAAGCUCAUCUAUGUAUCCUGCAAUCCCAGAGCUGCCAUGAACAACUUUGUGGAUCUUUGUCGGGCCCCCUCCAAUCGUGUCAAAGGAACCCCUUUCCGUCCAGUUAAAGCAAUGGCAGUGGAUCUGUUCCCUCAGACUAUGCACUGUGAGCUGCUGAUAUUCUUUGAAAGGGUAGAACAUUCAAAUGGAAACUCUACUGAAGCAAGCCCUGACACAGCUCAGGUCAUGAAUACAAAUGCAGCAGAUUCUACCCAGGAUGGCAGUAUUGACCCACCUGAAGAGAAAGUAGGAACUCUGUGUUCCACCUAAUGUUGUGGUAGGCUGGGCAGUUUGUGCGCAUGCACGCAUGCAUAUAUAUUCUAUAUACUCAGGCAACCAUCUUAAACUAUUGAUUUCCUUCUAAGAGGCAGAAGUUACUUUUGCUAGUUAAAGAAUGUUGCAGUUUGAGGAAUCAGCAGAAACACCAUACAAGUUAACCUCUGUACAACAUAGUAAUUACCUGACUUCCACCUGAUGAAGGCUUUCAGUUAAGUAUAGUGACAGCAGCAUUUUUCAACUCAGUGAACAAAGAUUAGUUUAACUUUAAGAUGCUUAAAACAAUCCAGUUCCUACAAGGAAAAUAACCUUAUUACAGACAAGUUGGAUCAAAACCUGCUAUUUUCACUCGUGCACCCUUACUCCUGAAAGAUGUCCCGAUGCCUUCAAUGUAAGGCCAGCAUGAUGAACUAAAUAUUUUGCAUGUUCUUCAUAAAAUACUGUCCAGGUAUAUUACUAGGAUUCAGACAUAUGGAUUCCCUCCACAAGUUGAGUGAUUGUAGGGUUUUUUUUAUGCCCAAGAAAAUUUUUUUGUUUGAAAAUAGUAUGGAAGAUGAGUGAUAAAUAGCUGAUAGCGAACAUCACUUAAUGCCCAUCUGGCAUAUGGGCAGUUCUGUUGAACAGGAGACUUUUGCCUUGCAGACCAGUUUAAAUAAAUUUGAUUUUUAAAACUGUUGAGUUUUCCUUAGCCUGGAUGUUGGUUUGAAUGGAAGAGAGGUUUGAGUUGGCAGUUGCAAAUAAUAGUGGAUUAUAAACCUGCAUUAAAGCAAGCCUGAUUUUUAGUUACUAUUAUAAAAAGACUUUCCAGCUGCUCUGGUACAUAGAAUCUCUCCCCCAAUAGCAAAGACUUAGUCUAAGCUCCUGCUUGUAAUCUGAAAAAUACAUGACGCUUACAUACUUCUAGUAGAAAAUGGACCUCUGUUCUGGGGUUUUGGUGUAGACAAUGGGUUGCCCCCUUAAGUAGGAUCACCCUCCCUGAGGGAAAUUGUUCUGAGUUAAACUGGAGCUAUGAGCCAAACUGAUAAUCUGAUGUUUGAGAUCCAAUACAACUUCUAAGGGAGAGAGAUUUUCCUGUUCUGUGAUAAAGUGAAAAUAGGACUGGACUCAGUGCUACCCCAUUCCCGUUUCAAAAAGAGGAAAGAUUCAGAACAAGACAAAUGUACAAGAAAAUACUCUCUUCCAGAGAUGUUGGAGGAAGAUGACAGCAGAGUUAACUUCCACAGCAGAUUAAUUUAUACAUGGGUAUAAUGUUAGGAUAGGACUGGAACUAUGGACCUUACUGUGGUUAAUUAUUCUUCCAGCCCCUUCAGCCCAAAGUACUGUAAUGUGAGCUUUCUUAGGCAUACUUAGACUACAUGGAAGUUUUAUCUGACUCAGAGCAUAGCUUACAGAAUUAAUGUUCUGUGCAGAAUUCCAUUUUCUUCCACCUGCAGAAGUGACAGUGCAGGGCUAGUGGCCACUACUAGGAACAGUAGAACCCAGCAGAGCCCAACUUGCAGUGUGGCUGCAUGGGAAGCAUGGGCAGGCUGUGGUUCCUGGGUUUGCUGGCCCUCCUCCCUGCAUGGCAGCUUAUGGAGCCAGCAAGCUGCAUCCUCCAGGGAGAGGCAGGAGCAACAGCUGGGAUUUGCAGGGUGGGGUUGCUGCUUUCCAGGAGAGGCACAAACCUUUAAAAAGUGUUGGGUCCCUCCCCCCAGCAGCAGGUAUGGGUCAUCUCUGCCUGGUGGGGCAGUAACAGCUACAUCGAGCCUGUGGCUUGGAGGGGGGGGGGGGGGAAGAGUGCAGGUUUCUAGGCCAGGGGCCCUGUGCAGUCCCCUCCAGUACCCCUAACUACCAUCUCCCAGUACAUGCACUCCUCUAGUUCCCCCUCACAUUAUCUUCUAUUUGGAAACUUGAAAUAUGGUAACUCUAGGGGUCCAAGGUGGGGAAAAAAAAAACCACAAUUGACUACAAGACUGAAGGGGCAGUUCCUUCCCCCAUAAGAUGUGCACAGCUGGCAGAUGUGACACACCCAGACUGAGGCACCUGACAAAAGCAUAACAGGAAGUGGCUUGUGGUAGGGGUUUCUUUAACUCUCUACUCCCAGGGGAAUCAUUUUUGUCAUGUGUAUUGUUAGACAUGCUUGGACAAGUAUUUUGAAAUAAAUUACCAAAAUAAUUGAAA